CAGCGGCUCCCGAAGGCAAACGAAACGGUUAAUGUAAAUAUGCUGCUGCUAAGUGGGUGUGCCUUCCUAUUAUUUUAGCUGUCACUUGAUCAAUGUACAACGUCUUCAACUAAGGUUCACAACAGCCUUCCCUGGACUUAUCAUGUGGUCACUCGCCUGGCGCUACCCACAAAGAGGAGGACGGUCGCGGAGGAUGGAAGCUCAGGAUCUUUACUGAGACAACACCGACACAUCCUCUACAUUGCAGACAACAACACUGGCACACCACAGCUGCAGCCCCUCUUCCAGUGUGAUUUGCAAAAUACCGAUCCAAUACAGCGGACAUUAUUGUGUUCUGUAUUUUAACACAAAAAGGAGCUGUCCAACGUCUCUCUCUUUUAAAGACUUCCAACAAUGGAGGCGAUUUCCAGUCAGUUGGCAGCGGGAAGAGACUCCAGCUCUUCUCCCAACUCAAAAGCGGAGCUCCAACCAUUCUCCGGAUCGUCGUCUCUCAAGCCCAACCAAGUCAGCGAGACCAUGCUGUACGGCGUUCCCAUCGUUUGCUUAGUGAUUGAUGGCCAGGAAAGGCUCUGCCUGGCCCAGAUUUCCAAUACCUUGCUAAAGAACUACAGCUACAAUGAGAUCCACAACCGGAGGGUGGCCCUGGGUAUCACCUGUGUUCAGUGCACCCCAGUCCAGCUGGAGAUACUGAGGCGCGCGGGAGCCAUGCCCAUUUCGUCGAGGCGCUGCGGUAUGAUCACCAAACGGGAAGCCGAAAGGCUCUGCAAAUCUUUUCUCGGAGCGCACAAUCCGCCCAAACUUCCUGAAAAUUUCGCUUUCGACGUGUCUCACGAGUGCGCUUGGGGCAGUCGGGGAAACUUUAUCCCGGCGAGGUACAACAGCUCUAGGGCUAAGUGCAUCAAGUGCAGUUAUUGUAAUAUGUAUUUUUCUCCCAAUAAGUUCAUCUUCCAUUCCCACCGCACCCCAGAGGCAAAGUACACCCAGCCGGACGCUGCAAAUUUUAACUCUUGGAGGCGCCACCUGAAACUAUCGGACAAAAACUCUUCCGAUGACCUGGCCCACGCUUGGGAGGAUGUGAAGGCCAUGUUCAACGGGGGCAGCCGGAAGAGGAUCCUGCCUUCAAGUGGAUCAGGCGGGUCCUCCUCCCUGAAACCACAGGGCUCCAACAGUAUCACCAGGGAUUCCCCAGAGGUCCCUCACAAAACCAUGCGGUGCGAGGAGGAGAGAGGCAGUCUGAGCAUAGGCAACGGAGUGCGAAACUACCCGGUCAUACCUGUGCCCAGCAAAGGCUUUGGAAUGCUGCAGAAGAUUCCGCCUCCACUGUUCCCACAUCCAUAUGGUUUCCCAGCUUUCGGAUUAUGUCAAAAGAAAGACGACAGCAUAGGGAUUGGGGAGCAAAAUAAGACCAACCUGCCCGGUGUGUUUUGGCCAGGCCCUAAAGACACUCUCUACCCAUCUUUCCCCAUGUUCUGGCCUGCAGGGGGGAACUUUCCCAUGGCCCCUUACCCGCAGACCCAACCGAAACCCACGGUUGAACUCUUGAGCGCCCGGCAAAGCGACAUUGACGCGGCUGAGCAGAGCGACAGGAGCACCAACACCCCAAAAGACAGUUUAGCGGACAGCGAGAGGUGCUCCAGCACUCAUUCCACCAGGAACGAAGAGGACAGGUCAGGGGAUGAGGCCAGGUCUACCGAGGGGGUGUCCCUCACCCCCAGAAAGAUAAGCUACAUCUCUGCUUUCAGACCUGUGGUCAAAGACGCAGAGAGCAUAGCCAAACUUUAUGGCAACCGAGAGGCGUACAACGGAGCCCGCUCCGGGUACCACUCACCAGACUUUAUGAGCGAGAGUUCGAGUUACAGGUCGGUGUCUCCGGGCGUGGACAGUGGGGACGAACCUGAUGUGGACGUGGAGUCAAAUACUAGGUUUCCCGAAGACGACGAGUCUCCCCCGCUAUCUGUCGAGGACAGACAAAGCCCAGCACUGCCGCUUCUUUCACAAGAAGGCGUCGAGAAGAGCCACGAACCGCUGCUCGAAAAGGCUACCCCGCAGCAGGAAAGCCCAAGAGUACCCUUCAGUGAACCUGUAUCCUCAGACGAGGAGCGGCACAGCGAGGCCAUUCCAGAGGCCAACAAUAGCACAGCAACUUAUAAAGUGUAUACACAUGAAAGAGAAGAGCACGUGCAGAUCCCGAAGAAUCCGUCUACAUUUGCAGCCGGACCCAACUAUAUAUGCAGCCCUGUUAAGGCGAAUGAACUAAGUAAGGAAGACGCUAAUUCGACAGAAGAGGAUCACGAUAUAAGAAAAUCUUAUCAGGAUCAAGGAAACGUCUGCCACGGAAGUCCCGCGGGUGUGGAUAGAGGCGAUGACGGGGGUCGAAGCGACAUGGGGAGAGGCCAAUUGAUUGAGAAAGAUAUUGAAAACAUGGCUAAAGACGAACUGCAGAAACUCCUCGUAGAACAGAUGGACUUGAGGAAAAAGCUGGAGCGAGAAUUCCAAAGUCUCAAAGAUAAUUUUCAAGAUCAAAUGAAAAGGGAGUUGUCCUACAGAGAGGAGAUGGUCCAACAACUCCAGAUUGUCCGAGAUACUUUGUGUAACGAGCUGGAUCAAGAGAGGAAGGCGCGGUAUGCUAUUCAACAAAAACUAAAAGAAGCUCACGACGCGCUUCACCAUUUCUCCUGUAAGAUGCUGACUCCUCGCCACUGCACCGGGAACUGCUCCUUCAAACCGCCCCUUCUACCGCAGUGACGGGCGACCAGAACCCCCGAGCCCCGGACACUAGCACAAGCCAUUCUCUACGCGUGUGAACACGUGAAAGGACACCUUCACUGCAACCUCGAUUCAUGUGGAGAUUGUACAUAACGACAGACACCACGUUCUUCGUUUUUUCCCUGUAUCUGGACUGAGCAAGCCAUUUAUACACUUGUAAAUACUAUGAAUAUUAUGAUACAGUAUGAUGCAAUUUCAGGGCACCACGACACACGAGCUAAAUAAUUGAGUCGAAAGAUAUAGGCUAAAUAAAUUAUAAUUUAAAAACAAACAUGGCACAGUGAAAUCCCAGGCUCAAUGUAUGUACUGUAUAUUGUUAAUAUAAAGCUAAAAAGAGACCUCUGUAAUGAAUUUUAUAUGUUUGUGUGCCGACCACCACUUCUUUAAAUGAAUGUUAAUAUAACAUGUGGCUACGUGCAAUGAGUAGAAAUGUACUGUGAAUUUGUUAGUAAACAGUAUUUGUUGGAUUAUUUAUUUAUUUAUUUAUUCAACUAUUUAUUUUACUGAUUUAUUUAUUUGCUUUCAGCGUAUCGGAAGAUAUACUGUAUAAUAUUGAUGUCAAGCACUUUAAA